AUGAAGACUAGUAAUGAGAGUUUUGGAGGUGAUUUCAUACUGGUGGGCUUCUCAGACCAGCCACAGCUUGAAAAGAUCCUCUUUGUAGCUGUGCUAAUCUCCUACCUUCUGACACUGGUAGGCAAUACAGCCAUCAUCCUGGUCUCUGUUCUAGAUCCCAUGCUCCAUACACCCAUGUACUACUUUCUUACCAAUCUUUCUUUUGUUGACCUCUGCUUUACCACCAGCAUUGUGCCCCAGUUACUAUGGAACCUGCAUGGUCCAUCCAAGACAAUUACUCCUUUAGGCUGUGCUAUUCAACUCUAUGUGUCUUUGGCAUUGGGAUCCACAGAGUGUGUUCUUCUAGCUGUCAUGGCAUUUGAUCGUUAUGCUGCUGUUUGCCAGCCACUUCAUUAUGUCACUGUUAUGCAUCCACGACUUUGCCAGUCACUUGCAGGAAUGGCGUGGUUAAGUGGAUUGGGCAACACUCUGAUUCAAGGCACCAUCACCCUUCGUCUGCCCUUUUGUGGAAACCGGAAGAUUUAUCACUUCAUCUGUGAAGUGCCUGCCAUGAUCAAGCUAGCCUGUGUAGAUGUUCAUUCCAAUGAGGUUCAGCUCUUCGUGGCUUCCUUGGUACUGCUUCUCCUCCCCCUCUCACUCAUUUUGAUCUCAUAUGGAUUCAUUGCUCAAGCAGUGAUGAGGAUUAGGUCAGUCCAAGCCUGGCGUAAAGCUUUAGGAACAUGUGGGUCCCACUUGUUAGUAGUGUCCCUCUUCUAUGGGACAAUCACUGCUGUCUAUAUCCAGCCCAAUAGCCCGUAUGCACACAGCCAGGGAAAGUUUAUAACCCUUUUGUAUACUGUGGUAACUCCCACCUUGAAUCCCCUCAUUUACACUCUGAGAAACAAAGAUGUCAAGGGAGCAUUGAAAAGGCUGGUCCAAAAAGAGCACAAAAUUGGAGGUUAA